AUGGCGCUGACCCUACUUAUCAUUACACAUAUCCCUCCUGCUUCUUCUAAAAUCCCCAAAGCAUAUCUUUCAAAUCCACCAAACUCGCACGAGCACAACACCAUAGACCCGGACUUGUUCAACAAGCUCUUGCAGAGCGGUGGAAACAUCGCCGAGCCAGCCCAGGCUCAAGAUCCGGCAGAAUUACAGCAGACUCAACGGCCAGGGAUUCCACAGCGACCGCAAUCGCUGCCAUUUCAACAGCCUCAGAGGCCAAAAGCGCCUGCAGCUUACCAAAAGCCUUCGCCACCCGCUAUAAGGUCCCAGAGCAAUAUAGUCGCAACGCAGGCUAAAUUGCCUGUACAGUCUAUGUCAACACGGCCCAUGCCGCAAGCUACAUCGAUCAGUCAGGGCGGCACACCUGGCACUCAGGCCAUAAAGCAAGCGUUCGCAGCUGCGAUGCAGAUGGCGUUCGAUGAUCCAUUCAUAAGCGCACGUACGGCUCGGAAAACACAAUCUCUCGCUGCUCAGAGUAUCCGCAGGAUGAAUGCGGUGAUUGACCGCGAAGGCGAAGCUGCGUUGCCCCUAGUCGUCGCAAAACUCCACGAGCUCGACAUCGAUCCAGCUAUUGUGGGACUCGAGGAUGGAAUUGUAGAUUUGAGAGGUUAUCCUGGUAUCAUGCCUUAUAUUCCAUUCGGUGCCUAUCCGGCGGCUUUACCAUAUGGCGGUCGAUAUCCUGAAUUUCCACCUUACGGCGGCUAUGGAGGCUAUGGCUUCUAG